AUGCCGAUCACAGGAGUCUACUUCAUCCCUGCUACAACUUCAACCACCCCAAGUGCAAUGGAGCACAUAACACAGCGUCUAAAAUCAACUUUCAAAGAAGCAGACCUCAUCCCCAUCGGCCGGUGGGUCAUGGAACAAAAGAUCAUGCGCGACACACCGGGCCUGCUCCCACACACAAACCCCAAUGAGAAACCUCCAAAGCCACGAUGGAUGCAAUUCCUCUCAUUAAGCCACUACAAAAACCACGGUUUCAUCUACACAUCCGAGCCACUGGAAAAACCAUUCCACCCGCCUAACGCAGCUUCGCCCGUACCUUCAGCAAUGCCCGCGACGAACGCAGGUGAUACUUUGCCCAUGAUCAUGGCGACGAUGUCGCACUCAGCCUGCAAAACCAUGUUCCAGCAUUUUUCGUACGCUUGCCAGCCCUUCUGGGCUCACCGGUUGACGCUCACGGUGCCGAACGGUGUUUAUUACGAUGUGGGCGACUUCCGCGUGCGAGUCGGUGAUGUUCGUCAGACUUUUCCGUCGCUUCGGGCACGUGGGACGCUUGUUGAGAUUGAAUGGCGUGGUCCGUCGAUGAUUGAUUCUUUUACUGCGACCGUUGCGAGUAAUGGAGAGAAUUCCGAUUCUGGCGUUGAUGUGUCCUUCUCUGCGCUUGAGGAUGCUGAUGUCGAUGCGGAGUAUGCGGCUACGGCUUUGCUUAUUCGCGAGUUUUGGCAGAGGUUGGGGGUUGAGGGGGCUAAGGAGGCUAUUCUGGUUCCUGGGGUUGGGAGUGAGGUGAAGGAGCAGUUGGCGAAGGUCAAGAGUGGGAAGCAUGUUUUUGACAAACGGGCUCAAAGGGGAGAUGCUAUCCUUAAGAAGCUGGGAUUAAGCGAUUCGACCGAGCAAGAUCCGGAUCCGCAGGCUGGGGUGGACGUUGCUAGGCAGUACAUGGAGGUUUUGCGGUUUAACCGGUGA